AUGGUGAACACAAGUGAUAAUUGGAUCGCUAUGGAGAUCAGCGGAUACUGGCCGCUUCAUUCGUUCGCUUUACUGCAGAUAACGCCCUACCACCGGAUUCCAGUAAACACUUAUGUCAUGGCGUCUCUCAGGCUCUUCCUAGCCGAUUAUUAUUUAAUCUACAUAUUUGCGAAUAAUGACUGUUUAUGUCGUGCUCUAAGUUGGGAUAGGUUGGGACGAAUUCAGAGCGAUUCCUAUGCAGCUGCCCCUCCGCGGAUGGCUCAGAUAACCCGGGUUUCCAUCACCCUCCAAGCUCGGGAUUUCCUCGAAAUUGAAUCCGCCUACUCUCGACCGCUGAUAUUACUCCGUAGGGAUUAUGUACGCGGAAGUGCAAGAUGA